UCAGGCGCUUUGCAUUGUACCCACAUGUGUCAAAGCCUCCCCCCUUUCUUGUUGAAAUGCAACAAGUCUCACUGAAGUUAUUUUAGGGGGCUGUUGGGAGCAGCUGCUGUGCCGCUCGUAUCUGCUGUGUCACUGAACACUCUUUAGCACUCUCGGUGUCCGCUCUGAAACAGCUCAUAAGAAAAAUGGAGAACAAUAUGGAGUCUUCAGAGCCUACACCUGUGACGCCAGCUACUCCUGAAGCUAAUGGUCCUGAGAAUGCUUCUCCUCCUGUGAAGGAUACCCAAGACGGUGAGACAAAAUCAUCAACCCAGGAGGCCACGUCCCAAAUUGAGUCAAACGCCAGUGACAUAUCCGAAGAGCUUGAUCAAAAGUUGGAGGAUAUUAUUAAUACGUAUGGGCCGGCUCUGACCUUAAAAGAGGAGGAGGAGGACAAGGCUUGCAAAGAGACAGAGGAUUCAGAUAAAGGGGAGACCGAAGAAGCCAAUGGAGAGCUUCCUCCUGCAGUUCCAGAUGAGAGUGUGGGCAAAGACCAAAAGUCAGAGAAAAAAGUUAUGAAAGGCCUGGGGAAAGAAGCCACACUCCUUAUGCAGAGCUUAAAUAAAUUGAAUACUCCGGAGGAAAAACUGGAAGCUCUUUUCAAGAAAUAUGCAGAGCUGCUUGAAGAGCGCCGGCUUGAGCAGAAACAGCUGACAACCCUUCAAAAGAAGCAGGCCCGGCUAACGAAGGAGAAGGAUCACCUCCAGAAUGAACACAGCAGAGCCGUCCUUGCCCGUAGUAAGCUGGAGAGUCUGUGCAGAGAGCUGCAAAGACACAACAAGACACUCAAGGAGGAAACACUUCAAAGAGUGAGAGAAGAUGAGGAGAAACGGAAGGAGAUGGCCAACCACUUCCAGAGCAACCUAAAUGAGAUUCAGAAUCAGAUUGAGCAGCACAGUGAGAAGAACACCAAGCUGCGGCUGGAAAACUCGGACCUGGCGGAGAAACUCAAAAGUAUCAUAGACCAGUACGAGCUGAGGGAAGAGCAUCUCGACAAAAUAUUCAAGCACCGUGACCUGCAGCAGAAACUGGUGGACACCAAGCUGGAGCAGGCGCAGGUGUUGCUCAAGGAUGCAGAGGAGCGACACACCAGAGAAAAGGAAUAUUUACUGACCCAGGCAGCUGAGUGGAAGCUACAGGCUAACCUUCUGAGAGAGCAGGAGACAGUGAUGAAGGCCCAGCUUUCCCUCUACUCGGAGAAGUUUGAAGAGUUCCAGAAUACAUUGGGCAAGAGCAACGAAGUGUUUGCAAGUUUCAAACAGGAGAUGGAUAAAAUGACAAAGAAAAUGGGGAAGUUAGAAAAAGAAACCACGCUGUGGAGAACUCGCUUUGAGAGCUGCAACAAAGCACUCCUGGAUAUGAUUGAAGAGAGACUCGUCAAGGAUAAGGAGUACGAGUGCUUUGUGUUAAAGAUCCAGCGACUAGAGAAGCUCUGCCGAGCUCUGCAAGAAGAAAGGUCAGUGCUCUACAAGAAAAUUGCAGAAGCACGUGGCCCAAAAUCAAAGAGUAAGGAAGAGGAGCCUGGGGAACCCAUAGAAGAACACCCGGAGCCUCCAAAGACCAACCUGGAAGACCUCAUCGCUGCCUUCAGGAUAUCACACUGCAUUGAUCUUCCUGCGGAGUGCCCUACUGGUGCCCAGGAACCUGCUGAGGCCUGCCAGGCUGCUCUCCAUGAAAUUCCUCAAGAGGAAGGAGCUUCCAGACAGGAGAUACCCAACGUUGAUAACAGUGAGAGAGAAGGAGGAAUCCUUAGCUCUGGUGCUGAAACAAAUGUUUCCAACACCAAAGAGAGUGAGAGCUCAGAAGCACUGCUCAGUAAUAAGAAUCCCGAAGCUGCUGCCACCAAAGAGAAUGAGGCAGCAGCUCCAUCACCUGCUUGCACCAGUGAGAGCAAAGCAGUUGUAAGCGAUGGCGAGAUGGCAACAGGCAAUCAGAAUAAGGAACAAGCCGACUCUCUAAAGCCCACCGAUCCUUUAGAAGAGAGUCACAAUAAGCCCGACGCCGACUUAGAGGGGGUUGAUUAAAGCGCAAAGCAUCAUGCGGUGAAGUUUC